GAAUGGCGGCCGUUUUGGAGCUGCUGCUGCGCGGGGAGGUGGCGGCCAGCGCCGUGGUGCGGUGGCUGCGGCAGGGCCCCGGCCACCGCCCGCCCGAGGAGAACCACAUCCAUGAGAAGCUGGUAUCUCUUAGUUUGCUUCAGAAAGACUUUGUGCCUUUUCUGCUGAAUUUUUUAAGGGAGCAGACCAGCCAGAUCCUGACUAAUGGACCCUCUACUCCUGCUAAAACCCCAAAUUCCAAAGCCCAUGGAAAUCAAAGGACAGGAUCAGAAAGGAGGGCAGGUCACACAACAGGAUCAAACAGCAGCCGGGUGCAGCUCUUUUCUGAAAGGACUUCGGUGACCUCCUGCACCACAGAUACCAGCUUUUCUCCUGCUGCUGCAUCCAGUGGCUCCUCUUCCUUUUCUGGGUCAAACCUGUCUAGUCCUUGCAGUGACUUCCCUAGCAUGGUCUCCACUAGCAGCCCAAGCUUUGGGUACAGCCCUGUGCUUAACCACAGUGAGAAGCGCUCAUCGCAGAAGGCGAGCUUGGGGAGCUUCCUUACACCCAUGCCUGAAGCCCCACCGGUGAGGCGAGGCAGAAGGAAAGGCAACAGCUCAGUCGGUGCCUCUGGCCGACAGGUAGUUCGGGACCUAGGACGUUCCUUGGCUGAGGAUGAAGAUGGAAAAAGUGAGAGUACAUCAUGGAGCACAGGGAGAAGGAAGCGGAAUGAAGUGCCUCUUGUUUCUGCCAGAUCCCCACCCAGACAGUUAAAUCUCAACAAUUUGGAAGAGUUUCCGCCCAUGGAUGCUGCCUCUGGCUGGACAAACAAAAGCAAACCAUCAAGGCGAAUCAACCCAACUCCUGUAAGUGCCGAGCGCCCCCUCUCAAAACCAAAGAUGUGCUUCACUUCUACACCUGUCAGUCAGUCACCAGCUGCUCGAUUUCCGUCUGGGACAAGCCUUGAGGCCUUUACUGCCAUCCAGGAGGGAAAUCUUACUUCUGUGGUAGGGAGCAGCCUUCAAGAGGAGAGGGAGAUGCUGAGGAAAGAAAGAUGCAAGCUGCUGCACCAGGCGUCUUCUCCUGCAGGGCUGUCUCUUGAUCCUGGUACUCCUACUAAACCUGGCUAUGCUCGUAGUGGUAGCCUCUCCACUGAAAGCCACCUGGUGACCUGUGCAAAUCCUGCUAAAGUUUCCUGCAAGAAACAGUUGGAGUGUCUGGCGCAGCUCUAUUCAUCUUGUAUAGCAGAAAAUCUGGUACCAAAUAUUUUUCUGGAGCUCUUUUUUGUUCUGCAGCUGUUAACGUCUAAAGGCACUUCUGCAGAAGAUGGGGAGAGCGACCUUGAAGUCAAUGAAAGAAGUGAAGAUGCAUCAAGGAAACAGCAUUUCCGAAAUGUGCACAACUGUGUUUAUUUUGCUGUUCAAGUCUUGGAUUAUCAGUAUGAAAUUAUUUCCCAUUUAGAAAAGGGGACACUGAAGCUCUUGGCUGAAAAUGAACGGAUUGCAUCUUUUUCUCCCACCUUGCACGAGAGGCUCAGGCAGGCUUAUGAAAGCAGCACAGCCAAGGUGUCUCUCUUGCUGCCCUGCUCUGUACAAUCUGUUUCUUUCCAGCCAGAAACUGACAAUCGCUCUAACUUUCCCAGUGACAGAGCAUUUCAUAUAUUUAAAAAACAAAGGGAUAUCUUUUAUGAAUUACUGCGUGAAUGGGAGGAUAAUCAUGAAAAAUCUGGCUGGGACUUUGAAAGAGUUCUGGGCAACAAGAUCAGGGCUAUGAUGGCUCACUUAUCUGCAACCUGCAACCACAGCCACUUUGCCAGGCUUUUUCAGAAACAGCUCAUCCAGAUGUGUAAAGGUCCUAUUGGUGGUGGCACAAGCUGGGGAGAUACCCCAGACCAGGAUGUCCUUAAUAUGCUGGGCUCUGAUAAUCUGAGCCGGCUGAAGAGACUGCAGGAAAGAUUUGUCGUUCCUCAGAGCAUCAGAGGACCUUGCCCACCCCCUUCGUUCACAGGGUGUCAGCAGUUCUUCAGGGACUUCAUCCUCAGCGCAGGCAGUUAUCAGUUCAAUCAGCACCUGGUGGAUAGCCUGUGCCUGAAGAUACUCGAACUAGACGGCCUUACUCUGAUAGAGCAUGAGCACAGUGAUGGGGAAGCAGAUAUGGAUGAACAGGGUGAAAAGAAGCGUUUCACUGUGGUGCUAUUAAGCCUGCGACUCCUUGCCAAAUUCCUGGGGUUUCUUGUUUUCUUGCCAUAUCGCACCAUGGAACAGCCAACUAGAGACCUGCUAGAGUCUGCAGUAGCUUUAAGAAACAGAACCCAGCCAGUACUGGAUGUGUUGAAGCUUCUGAGACAAUCUAUUCGAGACCGACGUGCUGUCCUCACUGUUCCUUGGAUUGUGGAGUUCCUUUCCCUUGUGGAUCAUAUAGCUCCUUUUCUUGAUUACUACAGGAAGGUAUUUUGUCUCUUGCUGCAGGUAUACAGGUUAAUGGUCCUUUCUGAAGAUAAGGAGAUGAGUUUCCUGAACAAGCUGCUGAUUCUUGCAGUUCUGGGUUGGCUUUUUCAGGUUCCAUCAGUCCCUGAAGAGUUGUUCUUUGCCACUGAUGUCAGGAAGGAGGGAUUGAUGAUGGGUGCUGUGACAUCCACUCGAGCUUUGGACUCUGCACCCUUGGUGGAUCAGCAGUUGCUUUAUACCUGCUGUCCCUAUCUUGGUGAGCUGCGGAAACUCCUUGCCUCUUUUGUGGCUGGCAGUGGAGCAAAGAAUGGUGGCUUUAUAAGGAAAAUCACUCCAACAGCUGCAGAGUCCUUGAAACCCAAACCUUCUGUCACACAAAGAAAACUGCAGGCAGAGUUGGAACAGGCCUUCUUCCACAAUCAGCCCCCAUCCUUGCGGAGAACAGUUGAAUUUGUGGCAGAGAGGGUGGGAUCCAACUGCGUUAAGCACAUCAAGGCAACGCUAGUAGCUGAGUUGGUUCAAAGGGCUGAAGUCAUGCUGCAGGAUAAAGUGAAGGAGGAGGAUGCUAAUCAUGACAAGCUGCUGGAAGAGGUGUGCGCUCAUCUGUAUGAGGAAGGGGCCCAGGCACUCAUCAGAGGCAGAGAAUUUUGCAAAAAGAAAGGGCCUGAGGCAGUAAGAGUGUUACUGCCAGAAGAGACAUCUGCAGCAGUUUUGAAUAGUGCAGAAGACAUUGCAGUGGAACUGGCUACUGAGAAGGCCUGUGGCUGGCUUUCUGCCAACAUUGCAGCACUGAUCAAAAGAGAAGUGAAGGCAACCUUCAACAGAAUGCUGAAAGCACCAGGACUUUCCUUACCCAGCGAGGAUGCUCUGGAGCUGAGAAGGGACUGUCCCCCAGGCUGUCAACACCAUGCUCCAUUUCCCUCCCAAAUCAUCAAUGAGAUAAAGGAUGUACUCUGCAUUGCUGUGGGCCCACGGGAUGAAGAUGAAGUGAUUGACUAUGUCUGGCUGGAGUGCUUGCUUGGAAGACUAAGUCAGACCCUUCGGUGCAGAAAGUUCAUGUGUCCCACAUCAGAACAACAGCUGGCAAAGUGCACGGUUGAGUUGGCUUCUUUGCUGGUUUCAGAUCGUGUUCCUCUGCGUCUGGGGCUCAGGCCCCCAGAGAAGAGCUCUGAGAGGCUACGUGUAAAGAAUAGUCCCACGUAUGGCCUUCUGAAACUGCUGCUUUCUGUCUGGAAGGAGGACUUUGGGACGCCUGUUCCUGUGCAGCUGAUCUUCAGCAGGAAGAAUGUUGCCUAUGUUGCAGAAGUCAAACAGCGAGAGUGGGAUUUGUUCCUUUUCAUGCUUCAUGGUCUUGUAGAACAUGAUCUAAUGGGAAUUAGAGAAAUAGAGAGUUGCUUGCAUAACCUCGAAGAGCUCCCUUGGCCCUCAGAUUUCUUAAAAGAACUGGAAAUGCUGUCUAGAGUAUUUAUAUCAGAACAUCAUCUGGAAGAGCCCAGGACUAACCCUUGUGAUCUGGCAAGACAAUCUCUAGGUACUGUGACAGCACAAAGCUAGUGGAGAUGGACUCUGUGGAUAUAAGUAACUAAUGAAAAUGCAAAUGGAAUUUUAGUGUUGCUGAAGGCAUUGCAGGCUCCUUGCUGGGAGAGCCCUGCAUAUAAGAGAUUGCUGUACGAACACUGCACUGGUCUUUAUUGGUGGACGUUUUGUAAUGAUGACUAUUCUGAAGGAUUUACAUCUGCAAGUGGAUCUCCAAGUCAAAAGUCCUUUAAGCACCUUGAUCAUGGCUUGCAGCAGCUGAUUUUUUUAGACUCAUAAAUACCUUUUGUAUUUAUACAGAAACAAGCUGUGACCAGACCCAGGAAUCGAUUCAGGUGGAUAAAAGUUAUUUUGUGAUGAAGAGAGAUGGUUUCCUGGUGGCUGUCAUUAAAUGAAUGUGACUUCUCAUGCUCUCUUUUAACAAAGACUGUGCUGUCGGGGGAGGGAAAAGGUGAACCUGUAUAACACAGAGAUGAGCCUAUAUUUAUUUUUCCACUGUAAGCUCGAUUUUGAAGAUUUGAUUUUAAUCUUUAAAAGACUCAUUUUAAAAGUGAAACCAUAUUAAAUAUGUACACCAGAACACCGAUGCUGUUCUUAAAAGAUUUGUGUGUUUAAGGCUUUUUUUUUCUCUUCCCUUUCCAUCUCUUGAUGGAAAUGUAACUUUUCCUGGGGUUUUUAAUGGAAAUAAGGGAGAAAAUAUCUGAGUAUAUUUUUUACUGAAGAUAGAUUGACAGUAUUUUUAAGAAAUGUUUUUAUAGUAUGUGAGCAUAAAUGGCAUCUAGCCAUUCACUGUUUUUUAUAAUCCUUCUUGCCUUGAGUUUGGGUUUUUCAGGUGGGAAAUGCUCCAGCAAGAAAAACUACAGACUGGAAGAACAGACAGGAAAAAAGUAGUGAAAAAAGCAUUGCAUAACAUCCUCCGGAGAGUUGGUUUGAAAGGAAUUCGUUUCAUGGAGGACAGUGGGCAUUUUCUGACCUUUUGAAUAGACCAUCACCAAUGGUGGGACCUCCCUAUUACCCCCAAGUAUCUCUGCAAAAUGGGGUUUGUUUUGGGGGGCUACUGGUAGCUGCAGAACAUAAUUAGUUGCUUAUUAGAUGUCUUAUGUUCUUUCCUGUAGCAGUAAGGAUUAUAUUUUCCUUUUGUCUAUGUGCAUCCUAUUAGCACAGGCUUUUCAGAAAGCAAAUACUAUACUAUGUAAGAGGAACAUCUGGACAAGGUGAACCUAGGGCUUUUUAAUACUGUGAGUUAAUUAGAUCGCCUCUUUCUUAUAUGAGGCAGGAAAAAGUAAUAUCUUAGUGGUGCUUUUUAAAUUUUAAUAAGAACAAAUAAUUAGUUCUGGGGGUCUUUUUUUAAGUAGAAUUCUGACUUCUGUUAAAAUCUAGAUGAUUGAUAGAGAGCAAGAGACCACAGAGGAACAUCGCUGUGUUUUGAACUGUACUGAGGAGUUAAUGAUUCGGUUAGUAAGCACUGUGUUGAAAGAUCUGUCACAUGCCAUCUCUGUCUUAUUUUAGGGGUUUUCUGGUGUGAAUGAAGUAGAGGGUACCUAAAAGUAGACAUGCUGCCUAAGCAGUAAAGACAUGGUAAUAUAAACUGAAAUAGCAAGUAUCCUGCUCAUGCUAUACCUGCUCCCUGAGGCUAAGUGUUAUGUGAUAUUUGGCUGCAGGUCUCACCUGAAGUUGUUGUUUGUCAUAAUAAACAUGAUUAAAUGUC